CAUACUUUGUUUUUAUAUUUUAUGUAAUCUGGGCACACCGGGUAUUAACAGAAACGUAUUUAAAUUUUAAGCAAUAAAUUAUUGUCUUAAUUUUAACUAUGGCCACACCACAUGUCAAACGAGUACGCAUUUUGUACAAAACGAUUUUAAGAUUACAUCGAGGAUUGCCAGAGAGCCUUCAACCACUAGGGAAUCAGUAUGCCAAAGACGAAUUUAGGAGACACAAAACCUGCACAACACAUGAGGCUACCCUAUUUAUGAACGAAUGGACGGAUUAUGCUAUCAAUCUGGCCACACAACUAGGCGUUAAAGGUAAACCAAACCCAGUAGAUCAAAUUGGAAGAAACCUCGAUGAAAAGCUUCUGAAUGACCUCAGGGACGAGCAAGUAGCUCAACUAUAUGAACUGCUUGUUGCAGCAAAAUCGGAAGAUGAGGUAUCGUUAGAAAAUGAACAAAAUGAUAAAGACGCUUUAACUAAAAAAUAAAUUCAAAACAAAGUGUAUUUGUAACGAAAAAUGGAAUGAAGAUCAUAAACUGGAAUGUUUGCAUAGUUAACCAUAAACCAGUUA